UAAAAUAGAGAAAUGAAAAAAGGAACGUCUGGUUACUGUAAAUAAAAAUAUUAAACGUUUAAGAAUGAUUUUGCAUUAAAAAAAAUUCGUUUCAUCUCUUAAAAUAUCUAAAUCUUUCUUAUAAACAAAGAAUAAAUCAUGGCGAAUAUUUAACAAAAUGAAUUAUUAUUGAACAACGUUUAUGACUUAUUGGAAAGAACCGAGAAUAUAGAAUAACAGUUGAGGUGUAUUCUGUUAAUCUGUCGAGAAGAUGGCCGAAAGUCAAGAUGUAAGUGUUAGUACAGAAAUCGCAGAAGUGUUAAAUGCUACCGAGGAAGAGUUGGAUGCUCAAGAAUUUGAUUUACCUCCUGUAGAAACUCCUCCUACUUUAGAAAGCAUUCUUAAUGCACCUGAUGAUGAUGAUGAACUUCUGUUGGAAGAUGAGGAACUUGGUUCCUUGUCCCAGCUGUACAAAGGGGAUUCUGUGGAGACGUCCUCCAUGUCCAGUCAGGACAGUCUCAUCUCAGAUCGACCCAGACAACGGACAGCAGCCAAAAGACAAAGUAGUUCUGAAGCCCAUGGCACUGUGUUAAAACCAAGUAAACUGAAAAAUAUUUCAGCUCAGCUCAAGUCUGCUGCAAACAGAGUGGAUGCUGGGAAGCCAUCAGCAAUAGCUGUGGCAUCCCUUAUAGCAAUUGGGACAUCCCAUGGCAUUGUACUAGUUUUCGAUCCACGCCAGGUAUUGAAAUGGUGUCUCGGAAGUACAGCUGUUGGAGCCCAGUAUGGAUCAGUGUCAGCUCUCAGCUUCAACAGAGAUUGUUCUCGGUUGCUCUGUGGCUUUGCUAAAGGCCAGAUUACCAUGUGGGAUUUAACAAAUGGAAAAUUACUUCGGACCAUCACUGAUGCUCACCCACCUGGAACUGCUGUUCUACAUGUUAAAUUCACUGACAGCCCUGUGAUUGCCGUGUGCAGUGACAGUGGAGGGUCUGUGUUUGAACUGGAAUUCAAGAGGUUGAUCGGGGUGAGGACCUGCGAAUCGAAGUGCCUGUUUUCAGGAAGCCGAGGAGAGGUAUGUGUCAUAGAACCACUACAUAUGAAUUAUACUAUACAAGACCAUCCCAUGCAUGAUGUUAUGAUUCUGGCCAUGGCAUCUUUGUCCAAGGUAUUAAUUGUGACCCUGAGACCUCAGCUGAAGAUAAUGUUCACUCAUCCAUUAAAGGGUGAUUCUUCCACUCUGCCACUUCUUGCCUGGCAGUUUGUCAUCAUCCAAAUCUCCGAAAGUGACCGUGUCAUCGAUCCUGUGUUGGCAUUCGCUCGAGAUAGCACCAUCUACUUCUACCAGGUAAAAGAAUAUCUACUUAAGACUCAUCAUUCCCUAGCAAGUAGAUUCAAGACCACAGACGGUUCCGAGAUGGUGAUCUGCAAUAAUGCUCAAGAUAUCCGCUGUUCAGGUUUGCAGAAAAUGGAACUCCCUUACAAACUCCUUUCAAUAACUUGGAUGAAUCCAAGGACACUCGUUACAUUGGACACCACAGAAAAGAUUCAUGUUAUAGACGUGAGGUCCGAAGAAGAGCUAGAAAUUGUUGACAUUGCUGAUGUCCAACUGGUUUAUGGAUCGAGUCACUUCAAGUCUUUAGCAACAGGAGGAAAUGUCAGUGAAGCUCUGGCAUUUGCUGGUGAACAAGCAUGUUAUCAGUCUGUGGUCAGCCAUGGUGGUCAGCUGUUUCUCCUAGGAACUGAAUCUGUUACAGUCUUUUCUGUGAGGUCAUGGAUGGAGAGAAUUGAGGUCCUUGUGAAACAGAACAAAUACAGGAGUGCCCUUGCCUUGGCUCUGUCCUUCUAUGAAGGAAAGGCUAAAGCUGUUGUUGGACUGGUCGGUUCUUCUAGAAAACGAAAAGGCAUUGUGAAAGAUUUAAUGUUGAAUCUGUUGUUUGAAUUUGUGGAUUUAUCAAUGACUCAGUUUUGUCCUGAAAAGGGGAAAAUUGAAACUUUGGAAGACUAUUACCAGGGUAUCGUUCCUGUGUGUGUAGACUAUUGCCUAUGCUUGGAAUGUGUUGAUAUUUUAUUUGGUCGAAUUUACGAUCGUUUCGGAAUGGAUGUAAUUGCAAAAGACACGUUCUUAGAGUGCCUGGAACCAUACAUUCUUGAUGACAAACUAAGUUCCAUCCCACCGACCGUUAUGAAGGAUUUCGUUGAACAUUAUGAAGGCAAAGGAAUGCUGGAGAGUGUGGAAGCGUGCAUCGUCCACCUUGAAGUGACCACGUUGGAUAUACACCACAUUGUCCAUCUCUGUUGGAACCAUGGUUUAUACGAUGCCAUAAUUUAUGUCUACAACAAGGGAAUGAAUGAUUAUACAACCCCACUUGAAGAAUUAUUGAUUUUACUGGAAGCAGCCAUUAACACUGGUAAACAACUUACUGAUGAUCAAAUCAGACUUGGAAAUAAACUUCUUGUCUAUAUCAGCUAUUGUUUAGCUGGUCGCGGUUAUCCACUUGGAGAUAUUCCAGAAGAAUUUAUCCCAGAAGUCAAAGAACAGGUCUUCAAAUGUGUCAGCUGUUUGCACCGGACCAAGUCUAAAGAAAAUGAACCAGCUUAUCCUCACCUGAGAACUCUUCUUCAGUUUGAUACAAUAGAAUUCCUCAAUGUCUUGGCAUUGGCUUUCGAAGAACCAGAAUUCAAUACAGAUGAAGGGAUCCAGAAACGCCAGAGAGUGAUUGACAUCCUAUUACAGGUGAUGGUUGAAAGUGUUGGAUUCAAUCCCAGUCAAAUUGGAACGCUGUUCACAUUCCUCGCACGACAAAUGGCAAGACAUGAAAACACCAUCUUAGUGAACCGUGUCCUCUUUGAGCAAGUACUUGAGUUCCUGUCAAACCCAGACGAGGCGACACGUCAUGAAGAGAGACAACAAGCCAUGAUGGAGUUAUUAAUGGUUGGCGGCUUGAACAUAUUCAGUGACCAACGUCUUUUACAACUUGCUGAAAAUGCCAAAUUUUACCGAGUCUGUGAGUUUGUCUAUGAGAAGAACCACCAUUAUGACAAAAUUCUUGUUUGUCACUUAAAAGACUACACCAGACGGCAUAUGGUAUUUCCUUAUAUUAACCGCAUCCUUCAUGGAGAUGGCUAUAGUGCUGCUGAGAAAGAGUCUGUUAAAGUUGCUGCUCUUGAAAACUUAAUUGAUUUAGUGAACAUCGACUGUAAGAAAGCAGCCAAAGUAGUCAUCUUCAGUUUGUCUUGUAAUCUCAGUGAUGUGGUGGAACAACUGAGGAACAAACCAAGAAUACUCUAUGAUUUUUUACAAGGAGUACUUUCAUACAAGGAAUCGGUUGGUAACCAUGUCAACCCAGACAAGCAAGUCACCAUAGAACCAAUCAUCUAUGAACUCUACAUCGACCUCCAGUGCCAGUUUCACACCAGUAAUGUGUACAACUUCAUCAAGAAUGUCGAUGGAUACCGGCUGGAGGAAACUCUCAAGAUCGUAAACAAAUAUGACAUACCUUGUGCUUCUGCCCACAUCUUGGAGAAAAUGGGAGACAUCCUUGGAGCAUUCAACAUAAUGUUAGCAACUUUGAAUAAAAAGGUCCACACAUUUACGGAUGCAAUUCUUUCAAAGAAACUAACCAAAGCAGAGGCAGUUAUUCAGCUCCAAGAAGUUCAAGCCAGUCUGUUAGUGGUGAUCCAACUUUGUCAAAGAAACUCUGGGAAAAUGGAUGAAGGGAGUCGAGAGGCCAUGUGGUUCCCAUUGUUAGAAUCUAUGAUGGCCCCUCAGAGAAAACUUAAAGACUUGGAUGACCGAGAAAUAAUUACAGACAUUCAGGAGUUGACUCACCAUAUUCUCAACAGUAUGAUGGGAUACAUAGCACUGCCUUCUAUUUUACAGAAGAUUAUGCAGGACCCAGCAUACAACACUGGCAAGUUUGGUGAAGUGAAAGAAUUAAUCCUGGGAAUGUUAGAAACAUACAACUAUGAAGAGACAUUGAUGAAAACCUGCAAGAACCUGUUGCAUCAUGAUCUCCACCUGCACUUGAAGCGUCUGAGAUCCGAGGCUGUGAAGGGUUUCAUGCCCUGCACCGAGCACUGCAGCCUGUGCAACAAGACACUGUCUCAUGCUGCCGAUGCCGACCUCCUACUUAUAUUCAGAUGUGGCCAUAGUUACCACACGAGCUGCCUGCGUGGAAUCGGUUCGUUGCACGUAAUUGAUGGUGAAGAUUUUUGGAGCUGUUAUUUAUGCAGCAACUCAAAGAAGAAAGGUCGUACUCAGAGUACACGUUUCCACAGAGCCUCCACCUUGAGCUCCGUUGUUGCUCAGUCUAGUCACAGUGGGGCUCUGGCAACACAGACCAAAGAGGAAUACAUCGACCCUCAGCAUGCUGAAGCCUUUGAAAAUUUACGGAAAUCCAUGAAAACCCCUUCAAGGCUGGCCAUUUUGACAGAACUCUCAAAGAAUUCCACUUCUCAAACAACUAUGAAACGAACAAGUAGCAUUCUGAAGAACGAAAAUUUCAACCUUCGUCUUGCGCCGCCGAGGUCCGAGAUUUACUUCUAGAAAAACAAAAACAAGAAAAUAUAAUAAUAAUAAUGAAAAUGAACUGAAUAUAAUGAUAAUAAUAAUAAAAUGAACUUUCGUAUUGUAACAUACACCUCACACACACAUACUAACACACACAUAUUAAGAAACAAAAGGAAAGAAACUAUAUAAGAACAAAUAAAUGAUACAAACAAAUUUUUUUUGAAAUAAACUUGUUAACAUUAAUAGAUUGUGAGGUGGGAGGCGGUGGGAGGCAGUGUUGCAGUUGAAUACAUCAAAUCCAGUAUAUUACUGGUAUUUAAAUUUUAUCAACUGCAGAACUGUUAGAGUUCACCCCUAUCAAAGGGCUGAAACUAAACAUCACACAGCAUUUUGUCCGAUGCUCUACCAAUUCUACAAACCCACCACAAAAACGUUUGUAUAAUUUUCACAUAUGGACACAGGAAUGGCAGUGGAACGAAGGCGUUUGUUUUGCAACUGUGUAGCUCUGGGUUCAGUCCCACUGCAUGGCACCCCAUAGGAGUAUGCCUGUGUCUUCUAAGCUCAGGUUGACAAAUGCCUUGGGAUUAAAAUUUCAUAAAUGGAAAUUGUGCUGAAGCUUAUCACAUAUAUAUAUAUAUAUAUAUAUAUAUAUAUAUAUAUAUAGUAGCAGUAUUAUUUAGUGUUCCUGUUCCAUGCUGGCAUGGCCGUGGAGUGGUGGGGUUGACAGUUUAACAGGAUUUGAUGGGCCCAAGUACUGCAUUGUACUCUAGUGUCUGUUUAAGCAGAGUUUCUACAGUUGGAUGCCCUUCCUAAUGCUAACCUCUUGACAGCAUGUCCUGGGUGCUUGUUUAUGUGCUCCCAGCACUAGCGAGGUUGCCAUGGAGCCUGAAAGAGAACUUUAUGUCAGGAGAUAGGGGCCAAAGGAUUGGUAGAAGUGUGUGCAAAGCUGUAAAAUCAGUGCAUAGGACAAAAUAUAAUUUGUUGUAUUGAUUGGCAUGAAGUUAUGUCGCCAAAAGGUUCCAUUUAAUAUUGACCAAUAAGUCAUUAUCAGAGACUAAUUCUGGAAGGUUGUGUUCUAGAAAUGGCUGUAGUCUAAUGACUGCUUCCACAUACAUGCAUGCAUGCACAAAAAUCACACACAUACAGACAUAUGCAUAGACAUUACAUAAAAAAAAACUUAAAAUAUCAGAAAAACAAACCAAAAACAA